UCGUUGUUACAGAAAAUAAUUCUAAUGAAUUGACAACUGUAGUACCAGAUGGUGCUUCAUCCUUUAUUCCGUUCAAAAAUAUUAAAAUGGAAAUGAUCCCUAAAAUGGCAACAAUCUCUACACAUUUAAGCACUUGGCCUUCACAUUCACCUAUAGUCACUGAUGCCAAGGGAACAGAUUUAGCAUCUGUCUUGUUAUUGGCUAGUUUACAUAAUCGUGCGGUACAUGUAACCGACGUAAGUACUAGGGAAGACAUUGUUCUAAUUGCUUUAAGCAAAGAAAAAGGCCUAAAAGUUACAUGCGAUGUCGCGGUAUAUGCUUUAUUUUUGAACUCUAAUGAUAUGAAUGAUGCUACAAACAUCUUACCUAGCUUAUCAGAUCAAGCAGCUUUAUGGGAAUAUUUGGAAAGUAUCGAUUGCUUUAGUGUUGGGACUCUGCCAUAUCGCCUAUCACAGUCAUUUGGAUUUGAUGCCCCGGUAAGCACUGGUAUCGAAGAGACAUUGCCAUUGUUAUUAAAUGCCGUUAAUGAAGGAAAAUUGACCUUAGAUGAUAUUAAAACGCGUCUUUACAUGAAUCCUCAAAGCAUUUUCAAUAUACCAGAGCAACCAGACACCUAUGUAGAAGUAGAAAUUGAUCGAAAGGUAAUAGUGGCACAAAAAGAAGGUGGUUGGACACCAUUU